AUGGUGGUGUGGGAUGAUCAUACGUAUGGCUAUUCGUCGAGCUAUCAUCGCCAGAGUCUGACGGUUACAGUGAUUUCGGGAGAACUUAUGAAUACCGCCGCUUACGCUUUUGCUCCGGCUGUGCUGGUCACUCCGCUCGGGGCGCUCAGCGUACUCAUCAGCGCCUUGAUGGGCGCAUACUUUCUCAACGAGGAUAUACAAGUCCUUGGUAAACUCGGAGCCGCAAUCUGUCUCCUGGGAUCUAUAUUAUUAGUGCUCCAUGCGCCGGGCGACAGGGACAUUCAGACCAUUGAGGAAAUCCUGCACCUAGCGAUUCAACCGGGCUUCCUCAUCUAUUGUACCCUUGUCACCGUGUUUGCCAGUUACAUGAUCUACAAAGUCGCCCCAAGACUAGGCCGCACGAACCCGCUAGUCUAUCUAUCGAUUUGCUCCACCGUGGGCUCUAUAUCCGUCAUGUCUGUGAAAGCAUUCGGAAUUGCCAUCAAGCUCACCUUCGCCGGAGAUAACCAGUUCACGCACGCCUCCACUUACGUCUUCUCCCUGGUCCUGGUAGUCACCACCCUAACCCAGAUGAACUACCUGAACAAAGCAAUGGGUGAAUUCCCUGCGUCGCUAGUAAACGCAAUGUACUACGUCGGUUUCACAACCUGCACCCUAACCGCCUCUAUCAUCUUCUACCAAGGCCUGAACACCAGCGACUGGACCAGUAUUACCUCCAUGAUGUGCGGCUUCUUACUCAACUUCAUCGGAAUCUCCCUAUUGACUCUGUCCAAAACCGGACAAGAGGCCCGUCCGGAGUCGGUACGAGCCCUUAGUAUGAGAUCGUUUGAUAUGUCCCGUGGGCGAUACGAUCAUGUGCGAACGAGCAGCGUCGAUCUUCCCAGUGCCUUGGAGAGAAGGUCGUCUGGUCUAGACGCCGCGGAGCGACAAUAG